AUCCAGUGCGCGGGGCGGCACCGGUCGCUCGGCGUCAAGACGUCGUUCACGCGGAGCCUGACCAUGGACAACUGGACCGAGGCGAACCUGCUGGCCAUGCUCCUCGGCGGGAACCGCCAGCUGCGGAGCUUCUUCAAGCGCCAGAAGAUCGAGAACUCCGAGGUCGAGGUGCUCUACCGGACCAAGCAGGCGACGUACUACCGCGAGCAGCUC